GCAUAGGAGGCAGAGGAGUACAUUAGAGCGGCGGUUGAGUGAGCUUAGCUACUGAUAUCGACGGAUAGUGGCGAGCGGAUCGAUGAUAGAGCAGGCCAGUGGAGUGGAGCUUCAGAUCGACGACACUAGAUGGCCUAAACCUCCAGAGAUAGUAGCGCCAGGCAAGAUGGCGCUGGAUCUGCCGGCCAGAGGGGUUUCCGCGGAUGCGAUAGAGAGUCGAUGGUCAUCGACGGUGUUGGGCCCUGACGUACACUUGUGGACGUAUGUCAUCGAGACGUUUGACCUAGACAGUCAGAGGUGGCGACGACCAGGCACGACUAGCAUAGACGUAGUGGGCCACAUUUAUUACUCGCGGGAGGUGCUAGCCACAGUCUAUUUUCACGGCAUCGUUCACGAUCAUUGGCGAGAGGAGCAGAGCGCGAGGAGGAUCUUACUGGCUCGAGCGGACUCCGCGCGGGGCGAGGUAGAGCGGCUGCACGGGGGUGUUCGAAGAGUGACGACGACCUUGAGGAUUGGGGGACACUUCCCAUAUCCUAGCAGUCGACUGCAUGUGACACUUCCGUGCUUCGUGGCGGAGGAGCCUUGGGGGCUUGGACGUCUGGGUGAGAUCUACUUUGCGGCUCUUGACUUGAACGGCCUUUGCCGAGGGUACGCUGACAGGGACUGGGUGCUGUAUGCGCAGUUUGUAGCGGGGUCACUUGUAGGCGAGCAAGGGCUCCAGUUGGUUGAGUUCUUGCGGGCCAUUGUACCUACCGGGAGCCCUGACCUGUAUUCUUUGUACCAGCCCCUAGCCUUUUGGACGACGCUAGAGAGAGAGGCUCGAAGGCCAACUGAUCAUUUAGCUGGUGUGGGACAGCUGCUAGCCGAGACUCGUGAGGAGAGGUCGGGCCAUCUCGUCUCGACCGGGGAGGUUGAGGAGUAUUACCAGCAAGUAUAUCCAAAGGCUGACGAUCUUGCGUGGUACGCCGAGGAUCGGGAUUGGGAGGACUUCAAUGACAUAGACCCUUGGGGCGACCAGGACGAGGACUGGGGAGAUCUGGCGCGGGUUGAGCGACAGGAGCAGGUAGGCGGAGAGGCGCCGCAGGAGGACGGUUGGGGUCAUCUCCUUCAGGCCGAGGGGCAGGAGGACAUCCCAUGGGGGCAGAGGGUAGAUGAGGACACAGAUGAGGAUAUGCCAGAUGCAUGAGACGACUAGAGGCAGGACAUAUCCGAGUGAGGUUUAGAG